GUUCCUCUCCUGUUUUAGCCUUAUUACCUAAUAAGAGGUUUCCAGCUAGUCUGCCAAUUUUAUCGGAAAUUGACUACUAUUCAUUUAACGAUGAAAGUCUGGAAUUGCAUCGCUGAGACGAUCUCAAAUAACUCCGUCAUCUUCAUCUAGCGGCAGGUACCUCAUACAAUUAUGGAGGCUUAAAAACGUGGUGUGUUUUGGGGGGAAGGGGAACUUUCCCCUUCAGCUAGAAAGACUGUUUUUGAAUGGACAUUGCAAGAGGGGUUGUAAACAGUGUUGCCUUUUUCCAUGUAAAGAAAUCAUAGAAUAUUUUUUUGAAAGAUAAUAUAUUUGUAAAAAUUGUAAAAAGUGCUUAUAUAUAUUUAUAUUUAUAUAUAGUGUAAUUAUUGUAUUUAUACCUCUGUUUGUGCCAAAGGGUUGUAGUGUGUGUGUAACUGUCAUGGUGGACUGACAGAAGGUGUGUUUCUGUGCCCUGGGGUUGCUAGGGUGCAGUGGAAUCCCAACACAAGCACAAUUCUAGCACCCCGAAAAAACACAAAUUAGCCACCUUGUUUUGAAGUGUUACCUUUUUUUUUUGAGUCUUUGCAUUUCUAUACCUUAAGCACAACCUGAGGCAGCAGGCAACACUGAGAGGGGUUCACAGAGAGGGGGAGGGGGACUGAAGUAGGUGGGGGGGCCUGAAGGUACCAGGUGGUUUGUUCUUGGGAGAAAGUUUGACCUUUGUGUUUGGGCAUCACAAUGAGCGUGGUGGCGUCACCCGACUGCACCCCUAAAUGCCGCUCAGCUCAGCACGCGGACGAGGUGGUCGCGGCCAUGACUGGUGGCUCAGAGGAGGGGCGUCUUUGCACCUUCCUGAUGGCCCACUGCCACAAUGCAGCCACGCUGCGCGAUGGGUUUGGCCGCACGGCGCUGCACCUGGCUGCCUCGCUGGGCAAGCGUGCCCUGCUGGAGUGGCUGCUGGACAGCAAGAGCGCCGACCUGCUGGCCAAGGACAAGGAAUCCGGCUGGACCGCCCUGCAUCGCAGCGCAUUCUAUGGCCACAUCCACUGCCUCAUGGCCUUGGUCAAGCAUGGUGGACCACUCUCCAUCCAGGAUAAGGAAGGCCUGUCUGUUCUGGAUCUAACCAUGAAGGACAGGCCGGCUCAUGUGGUCUUCAGAAACACAGAUCCCACUGAGGUAUACACCUGGGGGAACAACGCUAACUUCACCCUGGGGCAUGGCAACCAUGAGAGCAGGCACCACCCAGAGAUCGUGGACCUGUUUGCGAGGACUGGGGUCUACAUCAAGCAGGUGGUGUUGUGUAAGUUCCACUCAGUAUUCCUGUCUCAGACAGGUAAAGUGUUCACCUGUGGACACGGGCAGGGCGGACGUCUGGGACACGGGGAUGAGCAGACCUAUCUGGUCCCCCGCAUGGUGGAGGGGCUCCUGUGUGACUAUGUGUCCCAGGUGGCGGCGGCGCGAGAUCACACGGUGGUGCUGACGGAGGAGGGGAACGUCUACACCUUCGGCCUCAACCGCUUCCACCAGCUGGGCCUCAACCCACCCCCUGCAGCCAGCCUGGUACCCAAACAUGUGUCAUCUAAGACUCUGAAAGGGAGGUAUGUCAUUGGCGUUGCCGCCGGAAGGUUCCACACGGUCAUGUGGACCCAUGAUGCGGUCUACACUGUGGGACUGAACGGGGGGCAGCUUGGCUAUUUGCUGGAUCCCAACGGCGAGAAGUGUGUGACCUCGCCCCGCCAGGUGUCUGCUUUGCACUAUAAGGAUGUCAGUAUCUCCAUGGUAGCGGCCAGUAAUGGUGCCACGGUGUGUGUGACGGUGAAGGGCGAUGUUUACCUGCUGGCUGACUACCAGUGCAAGAAGCUGGCCUCUAAGCAACUCAACAUUAAGAAGGUUCUGGUGACCGGCGGGACUCUGGACCAUCGCGUGGACCCCCAGUUGCUUAACGAGAACGGGGGAGAGAAGGCCGCCAUCUUGGCCUUGGACGAGGCUGGACGGGUGUUCUGCUGGCGUUCCGUGGGCGGAGCCCUGAGGCAGUGCAGGUGGGCGUACGGCCGCCAGGUGUUCAUGUCUGACAUCGCCCUCAGCAAGAGCAACAUGAUGUUCGUAACGCAGGAAGGAGAGGGCUUCAGUGGCCAGUGGCUCGGGGAGUACAAGAAGAUCACAGACAAGAAAGACCCGACCGGGGGGGUGGAGGUUUGUGGCCACUCGGAAGCUGGAGGGGUGUACGAGCGCAUCCGUCUGGAAAAGCUUCCCUACGUCCACCGAGCCGUCAGCAUUACAGUCGACUCCAAGGGACGCAACUUUGCCGUGCUACAGUCCGACCCUAAGACCAGUCUGUAUGAGAUUCCUACCGUCUCCAUGUCCACGUUCUCCGAUCACCUGCGCGUGCUCCGUGCCGAGGCAGACGAGAUGGACAGCAUCCACGAUGUCACGCUGCAGGCCGGUGACCGCACCUUCCCCGCCCACAAGUACAUUCUGUCCGUGCGCUCUGACUUCUUCCGGAAGCUUCUGUUCCGCGAGGGCGGCCAGGGUGACGGCGGCGGAGAGGACUGGGACGAGGAGGAGGAGGUGCGGCGGAGCGAGGACGCGUCCGGCUGCGACCUGCUCGUCUUGGAGAAGGUUUCAGCGGAGCUGCUGGAGCAGGCGCUGCAGUUCGUCUACGCGGACACGUGCGAGAUGCUGACCCACGGCGCCCGGCCCAGCGUCCCACGCGUCAACGCCACCAACAGCGCCAGGAAGCCGGGCCACAACCAGCAGAAGCAGAACCAGCAGAACCAGCAGGAGCAGCUGAUCCACAGCCUGCAGGAGCUGGGCCUGGGGGACAGCCUGCGGGGACGCUCGGCGCUGGAGGUGUACCGCUCGCUGCCGCCCCCUACCCACGUGGAGGGGGAUAACCGGGACAAAGAGAAGCCCAAGGGGAAAGGCCCCAAGCCUGGCAAGAAGGGCAGCAAGGGUGGUGGUGGGAGUGAAGCGGGCGGUCCCAGCCCAGUGAAGAUGCUGCAGGCGCUGGCAAAAAGACUGGGUCUGGGCAGCCUCUCCAACAGGUUGGAAGGCGUGAAGUUUGAGAAUGGCACAGUCACUGUGACUGCCAAGAAGACGGGCAGCAGACCGAAGUUCAACCAGAAGAAAUGCACCUACCUGUGUGAUGUCACACUUCGAGCUGAGGAUGGCAAAGAAUUCCCCUGCCACAAAUGUGUCCUGUGUGCACGAUUGGAAUAUUUCAACAGUAUGCUUGGAAACCCCUGGAUUGAGGCCACAAGCUGUACUGCGCUGGAUAUGCCCACCAGCUCUGAGGUUCUGCAGGUCAUCUUAGAGUAUGUUUACACAGACGACUCACCAACUGUCAAAGAGUCCCUGAAAGUGGAGUUUGUGUGUAACGUGCUGGUGGUGGCGGACCAGCUCCUCAUCCCCCGACUGAAGGAGAUGUGUGAGGUGGCCAUCACUGAGAACCUGACCCUGAAGAACGCUGCAGAGCUGCUGGAGUUUGCGUCCAUGUACAACGCUGACCAGCUGAAGCUCUCCUGCCAGCAGUUCAUCGUGCUCAACAUGGCUGCCCUGCUCGAGUCACGGGCGUUGGAUGUUCUGAGUGAAGAUGUGUUGGUAGAGCUGUCUUCAGCCUACAGGAGAAUGAUCCCAGCCAUGCAGAAGCGCCUGAUCACUCCUUACCCCAACGCCCCGGACCUGAGCGGGUACGAGGACCGAGACCUCCUCUCCUCUCUGGGCCCCAGCAACGACACCAACCACUCCUGCAAUGAGAGUCUGCUGAAGAAAGCCAAGCUCAAGGCCAAGCGGAAGCCAAGGCGCCGCAGCGACAGCUCCGGCGGCUACACCCUGUCUGAUAUCAUCCAUAGCCCGCCUCCUUCAGGGGAGAAGUGUUUGUCCUCGGGGGUGUUCUUCGGGGACCUGGGACCCCCAGCGAAGGCUAACUCUGUGGAGUCGCUGCAUGAGGUGGUCACCUCGGACUCCGAGGGCAGCUACAUGGGGGUGGGCAGCCCGCGAGACCUGCAGUCCCCCAUACCCCUGACCCGACCGGAAACACUGGAGGAGAAAUGCGGCCCCCCUUGGAUGAGGACUCCCCCCAACACCCCCCAUCUGAGGAAUGGGGGCCCCGCCCCACUGGCAAGCUCCGCCCCUGAGCCAAUACCUGUGGUCAAAUCCAGCACUGUCCGUCAGACUCCUGUGGUGGACCUCAGGAUUAUUAUGGAGAUGGAAGCCAACUCCAUGAAUCAAGGAGCCACCCCUAAAGCCCUGGAUCGUGAGUGGGGUAAUGUAACCAAGGCAUCGCCCCUCCCGGCGAAGCUCUCUCAGAAGCAGAGGAAGCUGAUGGCCAUGGCCUCCAAGGACGGAGGCCAGGAGAGGGCUGCUGUUGUUCGGUCGCCCCCAACCCCCGUGGUCACCCCCUCCAAAACGGCCAAAGCAUGGGCGACAGCGGUCCAGUCUCCACCAGUGCUGCGGUCCUUCCGGGACGUCCUGGAAGAGGAAGUGAAGCGGGUCAAGACCCCUCCAGCUGCCCCAGUGGCUGUUGGGAAUCCGGGGCCCGCAGUGGGGUUAGUGCCAGGAGCCAAGAGGGUGACCUUCAAGUGUGCGGAGAGCAGCGAUACAGACAAACCUGCAGGGCCGUGGGUGCGGAGCGGGGUGGGCAGCCCACCGGCGGGGGCGGCCGUGACUUUCGCGGCCAUUGUGGAGGAGGAGAGGAAACAGGAGGCGGCGUUGAUCCGCAGCCGGGAGAAACCGCUGGCUCUCAUACAGAUUGAGGAGCGAGCCAUUCAAGACCUGUUGCUUCACUAUCGAGCCGCCAACAACCCUGAUGAGCUGAUUGUGGUGGAGAGGGCUCCCCUGGGUCCUAUUGCCACCCCUACCUGGAACAAACACUAGCACAAACACCGGCACUGUGUACAAUUUAACACAGAGAAAUGUUGACAAGAUAACCCCCUCUGUGACCUCCAUGAACUCAGUGUUGCACCUCGUGUUGUGGAUGAAGUGUGACAGACAAUAGUCUGGCUUUUUUUCUUUUCUGUUUUUUCCUCCUUUUGUUCCAUGUCAUUUUUUUGCUAACCCUGCUGCUUCAUAUCCUGUUUGCACAACAGGAGGAAUACAGUGAGGAAAGAUAGAUGGCAAAUGACCUGAUCAUCCUUUAUUGGCGUUUAGUAAAACUUAACAAAAGUGAUGGUGUAUGUGAAGUUGUGUGUCUUCGGAAGGAUGGCUGUCUCAUGAUGCACACAGAGCAGUCUUGAAGCUGCCAAAGAUGAACUGGAAAUGAGUUGGUAACAGGUUCCAUGGAACAAAGCUUUACUGGCCAUGCAGUGGGGAAGACAGGGUGCCUCAGCAGGAAAGUCCCAGGCUUUACCUCGGGCCUGGUGGAAAUAGCUAAACCACUGGCGGGCUUGGAUGAGUUGAGGUAUCACACAUGCAUAUCUGAAUCCAAAUCUAGGACAGCUAGGGUGGGGCUGGGGACAUUUUAAUGUGAUACGCAGUUGAAGUAGUAGUGCUAGUCAGCUGGUGCUGAUGCAUAUUGCAGUAGAACAGUCAGUGGUCGUGAUUCUGCCAAGUUGUUUGAUGCACAGUAAGAACCAGACUCAUGCCGGAGUCCCAUAGCUGGGAAGUGUGCCUUUCUGCCUUGUCGACCAAUUAUCUGUUACACUCGCACAAAAAACCCAUUCAAUAGAGACAGUAUACAUACAAAGGAUUAGUCCCUGCCCUGCAGUGGAUUGAUCUGAAGCAGAUUUUUUUCUGUCUUGGCUAACUUUUGCGUUUGGUACCAUUUCAGCAGUUUGAUUGCUCAAGACUUAUCACUCAUCUUAACAGUGGCAUGCAAUAAAAAAAUCAUCUGAAUGAAGAAA